UUCUUCAAAUGAUUCCGAUAAGAAUAAAGAGCAUCAAAUCGGCACUUCUCAGAACCGGCGCCGGCUUGAAAACAAACACAAGAGGAUGAGCAAACGCCAGCUCUCAAGUCUACCUGAGACUGAUCUACCACGAGACAACAAACGCCCAAGGAGUACAGAUGCGCCUGGGCUUGAUGCUUCCACGGCUGAGAAAAUCGAGGCGUUGAGCAAGCUCGCCGACAAUGCACAAGAAGUGAUCGACAACCUACAGCAGCUUUUGCGAUGGCGUCAGGGUAAUGGGGAAUCCGUUCGUUCUUUGGUACCCAGAUGGGAAGGCGUGGCGAGAAACAUGCUUGGGCCGAUACAGUCAUUGGCCUCUGAAAAUGGCCAAGAUAAAAUACGUCAACAAUCUGACUCGAACAUCUACGCCAGGACUCCUUUGGCCAUUCCACCAUUCAGUGUCGAGCCAUGGCGCUCAUCAGAGAUACCGACGCAGCUUCCACCUUUGCCGCCGAUCAAAGACCCGGAGCUAGAACGCCUUGCGUUUCUUCACAUCGGGGUAGGAGAGGGCGGCAGCUACGAGCGCCUGGAGUGGAUAGGUGACGCCUAUUUGGAACUGAUCUCGACGAACAUCAUAUCAAGAACUUUUCCGAAGCUUAGGGCAGGGCGUUGCUCGCAGCUGCGAGAGCAACUCAUUCGCAACGUCACUCUGUCUCGCUACUUUCGCGAGUACGGUCUUGCAAGCAAGGCACGAUUACCCCCCGAGGUUCUUCAUGGACUUGGUGCAGGAAGGGGGAGGUCAAACGACAAAGACAUCACAAAGACCCAAGGCGACAUGUUUGAGGCGUACGUGGCUGCCAUCAUCAUGAGCGACCCGGACAAUGGCCUGGCAACCUGCAUUCGUUGGCUUCGGGACUUGUGGUCGAUGACCCUCCGAGAGCAGAUUGUCGCAGCCGAGAAUGAGAAGCCAACCACUGUCAGAGUCUUGAACGAAGUGACUGGAGAGGUUAAGGACCUUUCACCCAAGGAGCGAAUUUCACACCUCAUCCGCGUGCCAGGUGUCACAUUGGAGUACAGAGACUUGCCGUGUAAUAAGAAGGACAAGCACCUGAAGCUGCCAGUGUUUGCAAUAGGUCUUUACCUGACAGGCUGGGGCGAAACUGGAAGAGAACUGGGCUUGGGUACUGCUCAGUCGAAGAAGGAAGCUGCGCAAAAGGCUGCGACUCAGGCGCUCGAGAACCGUAAGCUGUUGAAAACAUACGAGCAGAAGAAGAGGGCCUAUGUCGAGGCUCAGAAGCAAGCCGAGGAUGCUGAGCAGAGCAGCGGCAUAUGAUACCGGGAAUACAAUAGUGGUGAUACAAUUCCUGAGGAGACUAUUAAUUAUUUGGAGUAACUUACCUGGUAUGAAGGCGCGGGUUAUUAGUGCCCACAGUGUAUCAUGCAUGCCUGUUCCUGCAUUU